AGGACAAGGCUGACGCGUGCGCAUUUCCGUCACCCGGAGGAGGCGAUGCGGGAAUUGUUAAAAAGCUGCCGCUUUCCCUCUUCUGGAGUGUUUUUCCGGUAGCCGCUUCAGGUCUGUCAAGGUAUUGUUGCUGAAGAUGACCAAUUGGAUUCUGAAGUGACCCCACUUUCAGGUUCCUGCCCAUUUAAGUGGGCAAAAACUAUUAAAAAAUGGCAACUUUGCCUAGUACGUCUGCUGGGCCACCACCGUCCCUCACGGAUCCAGGAGUGGCUGUGUGGGAGUGGCAGGAUGAGUUUGGCAGGUGGAGGCCAUACCGAAGUAACGUGUGCAGCUACAUUGAGCAGUCUUUCCAGGUUCUCAUGGUGAAAGGCCGGCGAUCACUGGGAAACUGGCCUGCUAAUGGCAGUAUACCCUUGGGACAGGCUGAUUCAACUCUGGCUCCCUACAUAAUUGACCUACCGAGUCUCACCCAGUUCCGGCAAGAUACAGGGACCAUGAGAGCUGUACACAGACAUGUCUUCCAGCUUGAUUCGGCACCUGGACAGGGAGUGGUUUGGGAGUGGCAGAACGAUGAAGGAAGCUGGUUUCCAUACGAGAUGAAUAUUUGUGUAUAUUUGGAGCAAGCGUUCUCGCUCAGUAGCCCUCAGGUGGAUCUUGGGCCCUUUGGUUACAAUUAUGGGAUUGAUUUUGUAUCACAGACCCAGACCAAUAAAACCACUGGGUACCAGCGAAGAAUCCGUCGGAAUGUGGACUCUCCGUACCCAUUAGCCGCAGCCACAGGGCCUACUCACAGCGGGCCCACCUGUUCAUGCCAACAGUGCUUGUCGAAUAGUGGAACUGGCCCCAUAACCUCACGGUAUCGGCACUCGAUGGUGAAUCUUCCUGGACAUUCAUCAGGAACAAGUCCCAAAUUCCUUACUGGGAUACAGGGGGCCAAUAGAAACUCAGGACUCAGUGCUUCUCUGGUGGGCUUUGUGCCUUACAAUAAACCAGCCCUCUCUGGAGCAAGAUCAAUGCCAAGACUGAACAUGCAGAGUGCAGGGUCAGCAUCACAAUCUGCAGCCAUUGGUGCGUCCAGCUCAGCGCACCCAGCACCCAAAGGAACCAGCUUACCAAAGUUACCAGUUUGCAUGCCCAGACCCAGCAAAGUGAAUGAAGCUCUGGCAGGCAUGAUGGCCUUUCUGAUGUCAGUCCCUGGAUUUCCUGUGCACCUCACCCAAGCGCCUCAGCCUGCCCGUGCCCAUAGAGCCUCUAAAAAACUCUGCUCAGUUAAGGGAAGGAGGAGAGUGGUCACCAAAGAUAGCAAGACCAGGCCAGAAGAGGUUGUGAAGAAGUAUUUGGAAGAGCUGAAGGCACCUCCAGUUGACGAGGACUGCAUCAUCUGUAUGGAGAAACUGGGUGCCCCUUCAGGGUACAGCGAAGUCAAUGAGAGCAAGACAAUCCAACCUGGAAGUGUGGGGAGGCUGGCCAAAUGUGCUCACACCUUUCACUUACUUUGUGUGCUGGCCAUGUACACCAGUGGCAACAAGGAUGGCAGCCUACAGUGUCCCUCUUGUAAGGCCAUCUAUGGUGAGAAGACAGGCACACAACCCAAUGGCAGGAUGGAUGUUCACAAACUCCCAGAGUGUCUACCAGGGUACGAGAACUAUGGGUCAAUACAGAUUACAUACAAUAUUAACAGAGGCAUUCAGGGUCCAGAGCAUCCCAGCCCAGGGCUGCCAUACACUGCAAGAGGAUUCCCACGAUAUUGUUACCUACCCGAUAGCGAGAAGGGACGAAAGGUGCUGGAACUUUUGAAGGUGGCAUGGAGAAGGCGCUUGAUCUUCACCGUAGGAACAUCCAGCACAACUGGCGAGAACAACACUGUGGUGUGGAAUGAGAUCCACCACAAGACAGAGAUGACCUCCAAUGUCUCAGGCCACGGCUACCCAGACCCUAACUACCUUGACAAUGUCCUAGCGGAGCUGGCAGCUCAAGGGGUCACAGAAGAUUGCCUGAGUCCAUGAGUUUAGCCUCCAUCUUGGGCUGGAGUUGCAGCCAAAAGUGGAGUUCGUCUUCUCCAUGACUAUGGGUGCCUCUCCGUGGAGGAUGGCAGCUACAAAUCCCCACCUCUGUUGCCUUAUAUUUGCUUGCCCUUUUGCUGAGCAAUAACACAGUCUCUGGGAAUGCACAGCAUGACUGUGAGGAAGAGGGUUUAUAUAAAUAUAUAUAUAAAAAAAGAUAUUUUAAGAGCCUUUACAGUCCUGACACAGAUUGGUCAUAUACAAUAAAUCUCCCUUCCCCUAGUUAAAACACAGAAAAGGAUGGUGGCUUAAUCCUCAUAUUGUGUCCUUCCAUAUGUGGUUGCAUGGGGGUGUUGAAGAUACGGCAAAUGGCUGAAAGAGAAGGAACACAGUCUACUGUUUGUUCAUUCUUACUUUCUAUCAAGAAUCAGAUGCUGCUUUGAGGCAGAUCUUUUGGAACCAAGGGAUGAUAUAUAUAUAUCCAGAUUCUAAUAUGAUUUUUUGUUGCUAAACAACAUGAUUUUGUUAACGCAUCGAAGCAGGGAAAUCUCAUCCCUUGGUUCCAAAAGAUAUAUAUAUAUAUAUAUAUAU